GCGGAUCUCAGCUCGAACGAAACGAAACCUUGGUGGUUGGUUCCCCUUUCUCUGUCCUCACUCGUGUGCGCGUCUAUCCCAAAGAGAGUGAGCGAGUCAGUACUGAGUAGGGUUUCAAAUUUCCAAUCGGAAUCGGAAAAAAUGGGCGGCGGCGGCGGCGAUCACGGCCAUGGACACGGACACGGCGAUUUCAGGAACAAGGUCUGGAGUAUGAGCGGUGGCCCUUACUGCCGUCCCAAGCACUGGAAGCGCAACACCGCCAUUGCCAUGGUCGGCGUCGUUCUCAUCUGCAUCCCCAUCGCUAUGAAAUCCGCUGAACUCGAGCAACGGCCACAUCACCCUGUUCGCCCCAUCCCUUCUCAACUCUGGUGCAAGAACUUUGGAACUAAAGACUAUAAUGAUCCAUGAUUCAUCAAUUGCAUAACUUGAGUGGAUGUUCACAUCAUGUGAAGCAAACUUUAUUUGUUAAAUGCUAAGAAUAUGAACAGCUUUAAAGAUUGCUGUUGUUGAUGUUAUGCAAGACUUGGAUCUAGGAUCAUCAUGUAGUGACAUACUUUUGUUUUUUGGGCAAUGGACAUCCAUUUAAAAAUGUGAAAUUAAAUAAGUGCUUAUUUCUGAUUUUUUAUUUUAUUUUAUUUUAUUUGAGAGCUUGUUGAAACCGAUGUUUUACUAUAAUAAUGGUAAUUGUGCUUUUAUCAGUU